CCGCUCCGCCGCGGCAGGCGCAGCGCCGGGAGGCCGCUGGCUCCCCGGGCGGCUCCGGGAUGGCGGGGGCGGCUCCGUGAGCGCUCCUUAAAAAUGACCUCCGGGAAUUCCUCGCUGUCGUUCUUCCGUGUGGGUUUCACCGACUGUCGCUGCCGCUGGUUCAGGUUCUUCCCAGCAGCAGAACUGAAAGCCUUACAAGACAGAGAUGGCUUUUUCUCCAGGAUUUGAAUAUGGAAGCCACAGGGACAGAUGAAGUAGAAAAGAUAAAAUCAAAGUUUAUGUCUGCAUGGCACAACAUGAAAUACAGUUGGGUGUUGAAAACAAAAACUUACUUCAGUAGAAACUCUCCAGUCUUUCUGCUGGGAAAAUGUUACCACUUCAAAACUGAGGAAUCUGGUGAGCUCUCUACAGAUGGGUCCAAUUUUGAUAAAAUCAACACAGAGAUUUCGGGAAAUGUUGAGGAGUUUCGUAAAGAUUUUAUUUCCCGGAUCUGGCUGACGUACAGAGAGGAAUUCCCUCAGAUAAAAGGGUCUGCAUUAACCACAGACUGUGGCUGGGGCUGCACACUGAGAACUGGGCAGAUGCUGCUGGCUCAGGGCCUUAUGCUUCAUUUUCUUGGGAGAGCUUGGGUGUGGCCGGAGGCGCUGGACAUGGACUCGGACUCGGAGUCGUGGACAUCGCACACGGUGCGGAAGCUCACGGCGUCCUUCGAGGCGUCGCUCACGGCCGAGAGGGACCCCAAGAUCCUGCCCCAGCCACAGGCACAGCCCCAGCGGGGCACCAGGAGGAACUGGGAUGUCAACGAGAGGAGAAACGAAGCUUAUCACAGAAAAAUAAUCUCUUGGUUUGGCGACUCCCCGCUGGCAGCUUUUGGCCUGCACCAGUUGAUAGAAUAUGGGAAGAAGUCCGGGAAAAUGGCGGGGGAUUGGUACGGCCCGGCCGUCGUUGCUCACAUUUUAAGAAAAGCUGUUGAAGAAGCAAAAGACCCUGAGCUGCAGGGAGUAACAGUCUAUGUUGCUCAGGACUGUACAGUGUACAGCUCCGAUGUCAUUGACAGACAGUGUUCUCUCAUGGACUCUGCAAAAGCAGGCACAAAAGCUGUAAUUAUAUUGGUUCCUGUGAGACUCGGUGGAGAGAGAACAAACACGGACUACUUGGAGUUUGUAAAGGGAAUUUUAAGCUUGGAGUACUGUGUUGGAAUUAUUGGUGGCAGACCCAAGCAGUCGUAUUACUUUGCUGGAUUCCAAGAUGACAGUUUGAUUUACAUGGAUCCUCAUUACUGCCAAUCUUUUGUAGAUGUCAGCAUAAAGGAUUUCCCUCUUGAGUCAUUCCACUGUCCUUCUCCCAAAAAGAUGUCAUUCAAAAAAAUGGAUCCGAGCUGCACAAUAGGAUUUUACUGUCGGACUGUGCAGGACUUUGAGAAGGCUUCUGAAGAAAUCACCAAGAGUUUAGGUCUUCACCAUGAAGAACUUAAUAAAUAUUCCAUAAUAUUGCAUCAGAAACAAGCGCUGCUGCCUCAAACUGCCAAGCAUUUUCCACCUCAACCCUGAGGACACUACAGCAAGGCCAACUUCCAUGAUGGAUCUGUGGUUGCCAGGUAGGUGUUCAGGGGCUUGGUGCUGUGCCAGGGAUUGGGAUGGGUCCUUUCAUGCUCUGCAGAAAUGGGGACAGAGGGUGAGUGUCACAACAGCUCAGCACUGGGGGUCACCACUAACCUACUACAGGAGCACGUGACAUUGAACUGCAGCAGAUGACAGGGAGAAUUUUUUAGACCUUUAAGUUUGCUUUUUGUCCAAAUUUCUUCUAAUUUCAGCAGAAAAAAACACAUGUCAUUAGAUGCAUGGACCACAAGAAAAGAUAAAAAAUUAUCUCACACAGACCAUCUCCACAGGCCUCUCUCCACAUCAGGUCAUGGAGAAGUUACAGCUUGUGGGAUGAAGCUGCAGAGACCCAUCACCAUCCUCUGGAUCUCCUCCUGGUGUACAGGUGCUUGUAGGUACCUAUGCACAGGCUCUUUGGUGGGGGUCUGGGGAGUGUAUCCCUGUAAGAAGAGCCCAUCUCGGUGCAGGCAAGCUGGGCACAGAGAGCCCAUCCCUGUGCACUGAGAGCCUGGACAUGAAACCUUUCCCUGAGCCAGAGGGGGUCCUGCAUCGUGGUGCCAUCAGGAACAGGAAUCUGGGACAUGCACUGAUGAACUCGUGUUGAUCCAGUUCCGGAAGAGUAAAAGCAAUGCUGUGAAAUGCAAAAAAAGCCUUGGCAAGCUGAGACAAAGCUUUCUGUUUGAGAGGAAAGGCCAAUGAGAUAAUUUCAAUGACUCAAGAUUUGGUUAGAAUGUUCUGUAUUUAUGGAGUAUAUUCUGUCCUGUCCAGAUUUCCCUGUGUUUCAAAUACCACACAGUUACUGCAUUUGGAUUCCCUGUUCUCUCUCUGUGAAUUGGAAAUUCUCGGCUAAAAGCCAGUUAGUCUCAGUCUGAACAGUAUUCCAGUCUUCUGCCCUGCACUCCCCAGCAACUUCAGGAAAUCUGCUGACCAGUUUCUCUGAAAACCUGAAAACAAACCACGCUGCAGUAGUGACAAAUCCACAAACCCAGACCCUCCACUUUAAAAAAUGAUUGGUGUGUCUGAGUGCUCUCUUUUUUUUUUUUUUCUUCUUGUCAAAUUGGAUGAUUUUACCCAGCAGUGAAAACAGAGAAAUCCACAAUGGAGUCAAACAAAAGGAAUUUUACCUACAGGGGUGCUGGAUGUCUGCCCUCUGCCUGGUGCUGGAAUAUGGGAUUGUGGCAGUGUGGGAAGAUGCUGAACUGUCCUUCAGGGGGAUCAGAGGGUGUGAGCACCACUGAUUUCCCUGUUCCCUGGUUUCUCCCUACACAAGUUCCUGCUGCAGCACCAGUGUCCUCUAAAUGAUAAACAAGUUCUGUAGCAAAAAACUGCAGGUCAGGGCGGGAGCCUGCUCGGUCAGGGGAUUAUAGCGGAAGCAGCAGUGGGAUUUCAAGGCUUUUCCUACCCCCAGGGCACUGGAAAUAUCAGCACCAGGCCCACUCCCCCUCCCCACUCAGAUGAGCCUCAGCAGUUCAUCAUGUCAAGUCUUGCUGCUGAGUGCUGUGUCUGGGGCCUCUGGCUGUCAGAGGCAGGAUUUCAUCCCAGGCUCCCUAAGGCCAUAUAGAAAGCCUAAGAUGUUCAUUUAUGUUGCUUAUUGUCUGGCCAAACCUGUGUGUGCUUAAAAAAUAUCUGGAAGUUUAAAGGCUGAUCCCUGACUGUCGAGGUUUAGAAAUUUAGUUGUUAUUUUAAAAAGUAAAAUACAUUUAUAGUUAUGAACGGCAAUGCUUUUGUCAACUCUUAGUGCUCCUACAAAAAGUGUUUAUAUGUGAAAUGUUUCCUUCCAUGAUGUGACUUCCUGAGCUCAGUCUCUCUCAUUAUAUUUUUGGAAAAAAGAUAAUAUCACUAUACGAGUCUAAUUUAGAGAUAUCUGUAAACAUGUUAUGUGGAGAGCACAAAUAUUUAUGGAUGUGGGAAUUUGUACCUUGGCUUAUCAGAAUUUCUGUGUUGGUGCACAUAUAUUUCCAUGUUUGUGCCCAUAUAUGCUGUAGAACAGUAUUCCUGUAAUAAUCAGUGUGGGCAUAAGUGUUUAUAACAAGUAGAUUUAUUUGCUUUAUGUAUUAAAUGUACCUGCAUAGCCAGAACUUCAUCUGCUGCUCAGAAUUUAUUCCAGCUUUCCACACGAGCUCCUUCAAACAAUGCUAAUUGUUUCAGAACCAAGAUCAUUGAUGAUAACUCUUUUAGGAAUUGUCAUAUUGUCUAUAAAUAUUUAGCUGGAUUGUAUUUGCCAAUGUACCCCUGUAUUACAGAUGAAAAGGCAGCAUCUGCCGAAAUUAAAAGUGGCCGCGUUUUCGCUGUGGCUUAAUUAAAUGCCAAAAUUUAUCUACAUUAACAACAAAGUGGCGAAAUUUAUUGAUCAAUUCACAUGAUAUAAGUUGACAAAUGGCCCGAGCAAUUUCCAUAAUUUUCUACACGUGUUAAAAUUUGUAAUGGAACAGGAAUACUUUCUCAGCAGGAGCUGUGGGUGGGAGGGGGCCGGGCUGUGCCCCCGGGGCGCUGAGCUGAGCUCGCUGUCCAGCCCAGGCUCUGGAGCCCUGUACAGAUGGGCCUUUGACAGUCCUACAGCUGUUCUCCUAAUUGUCCAUUAAGUGUUCUAUUGAUUCUCUGAUUCAAAGUACAUGUCUUUCAGCCCAGGCUAUCGUGUGAAGUGGCAGACACAUUCCUCCUGGAAUGACAGAGCUGCUUGAAACCUAAAAAUGUGGGCUGCCAGUUCCAAUUGAGGAGCCCGCUUUCAAAGGGAAGGCUUGGUUAAAGGAGCUUUGUGAGAGCGCCUUAGAUUUGAGUUUCUAAACUUUUAGCAUCAAUCAAUUAAAGCAGCAGCAGCAGGAAAAGUUGUAAUUCCUCGUUAAGGGUUUGCACGUGGCUGGUAAAGCUCUGCCUGAGGAUCCCUGGUUGUGAUAAUAAGGAUUAGAUCUUGUUUAGCUGGAUGUAGAUUUUAUCCUCAGCCCCUCAUAUGCGAUGAUAUUCUCAUUUGACUUGCAAGUUCACUUUUAGCAUUUUUUUAAAGGAAAAUCAUCUGCAAUUCCAGCUCAUGCCAGUCAGGAGCCUGUUUAAAAUCAUCUGCCUUUAAUCUGAAGAGUGAAGGAUAAGAUGCAUAUCUGUUGCAAGGACCAUAAAUCUUCAAAGAAACAAAUAGCCACAGAUAAAACUGUAAAAGUUAUUUAGUUCUCUUCCGAAAGAGGUUUAUUAAUCUAAAAUUUCCAGUCCAUUGUGUCAUGAUUUGGUUAUCUCGCUGUAUUUCAUUUCCUGCAAUUGUAUAAGCCUUGUGUAUCAAGCAAACAGAUGAGAGUCUCAGAGCUUAAACUUGAUCACUUGUGUUCAGAUCUAUCACUAGAGCCAGUGAAAAAAAAUGAAAUAUAAAAAAUAGCCACCUGAACAGAGAUUUUGACUGUGAGGAUUUUUAUUCCCAUUUUCUCCUAUUUUACUGAGAUGUGUAUGAAGUGGUUUUAUUAUUAAAUUUAAACUGAAUUUUAA